UUAUCCAGGAAGUGUUUUAACUAAGUUAGCUUUACGUGAGCUAACGUGCUUGAUGUGAGCUCCAGCUCUUAGCUGUGUUAGGAGUUAAUAUACAGAGACAGAUUUAACAUAUUAACUAUAAAUAAUCUUUAGAUAAAUCCUCCUACAUGGACUCUGCUGCUUCUGUUGUUUCCUCUUCACCUCCUCGUAGCUAACGCUUAGCGUGUUAGCUGGAAAUACUCAGUUUCCUUGAAAGAAGGUGUCUCUGAUCGUUUGUUAAGAUGUCUAAGAUCCAAACCCUGAGAGGGUUAGUGAACCAGAGACUGACUGCAGCUGCUGAAGAGAUCUUUGAGCUGUUUGAAAGAACCAUAGCAGAGUACGAGGACCAACUUAGAGGAACUAAAGAGAAGCAACACAAAGUCCUGGACCCGGAAGUCCGCACACAGAGAGCAGAUGUUCAGAGACAGUUGGUGAGGGAAGAAGAGGUUCUCCCUAAACAGCAGGAGAGGAGCACCAGUCUGGACCAGGAGGACCCACCAGAACCACCACACAUCAAAGAGGAACAGGAGGAACUGUGGAGCAGUCAGGAGGGAGACCAGCUUCAAGGACUGGAGGAGGAGGAUAUCAUCAAGUUCACUUUCACUCCUGCGCUUGUGAAGAGUGAAGAAGACUAUGACGAACCUCAGACCUCGCAGUCUCAUCAAACACAGACUGAAGGAAACAGGGACACAGAGGGUUUAAAAACCGAGAGAGGGGACUGUAGAGGAUCAAAACCAGACAGGAACUCUAAUCCGGGCGGUCAUUUACAACCAGUGACUGAUGAAGAGACUUCACGCUCUGGAUCUGACACUGAUGACAGCAGCUGUGAUUGGGAGGAGGCCAGCGAAGCGCAGUCAGGUUUCAACGCUCUGCAGAACAAAGAGGUACCCGUGAGCGAGGUGGAGUGUUCCUCCGGAGAAACACCCGUCAGCUCUUUCGCAUUCGCUCCAAGCUUUGAGCAGAAAGAGCAGAAAGAGCAGAAAGGAGAGAAACCGUUCAUCUGCUCGGUUUGUUGUAAGAGUUACCCCGAUAAGAGAUGUUUACGCAAACACAUGAAGCGUCACUCCGAAGACAAACGCUUCACCUGCUCCUUUUGUGCCAAGCGUUUCCCGUUCAGGGGAGAGCUCGCCGCGCACAUGAGGACCCACACCGGAGAGAAACCCUUCAGCUGCCACGAGUGCGGCGUCGGGUUCACGCGAAAACCCAGUUUGACCACUCACCUGAGAAUCCACACGGGGGUGAAGCCUUUCCCGUGCUCCUUUUGUAACGCCAGCUUCAGUCAGAAGGGAGAUCUGGUGAGACACACUCGGCUGCACACCGGGGAGAAACCGUACAGCUGUUCACUGUGCGAUAAAAAGUUUGUGGACCGAGGAAAUCUGACGAAACACUUACGGGUCCACACGGGGGAGAAACCGUUCAGCUGUAAUCUGUGUGAGAGGAGUUUCACUCGGCUGGUGGGAGUGAAAAAUCACAAGUGUGUGGGUGAGAGCAGCAGGGGUAAAAGAGACUGAAACAAAGGAUCCAAACUUCAUCAGGAUUCCUUUUAGUCUCGAUGUUGAAGCUUACAAUCGAGCUAACGUCCCUCUAGAAGAACAUGAGACCAUUGAAGCUCUGCCGGUUUCAGGAGUACCCCUCUGUUGGUUUUUCCCAGCUGUCUUUAAUUCAGAUUGUACAGAACUCAGAGACUCUCAGUUUUCAGAGACUACUUGGCUGCUGUUGUCCAUCUUUGAAUAGACCCUCUCCUCAGAUCAGGGCCAGACCUCAUGAGACACGGACUCCUUAAGACUCAAUCAAUCAGUCUUUAUUUGUAUAACCCCAAAUCACAAACGUUAUCUCAAGACGCUUUUACAAACGGAGCAGGUCUAGACCACUCUAUGUCAGAUUAUGAACAGAGACCCAACACCAAGACAGGGUAGUAACUUUAAUGGGACAGGAAGAGUUAAAGUGAGAGACAGGCAGAGAGAGGAGAGAGAGGGAAAGACAGGAUCCCAGUGUGUCAGUCUAAGCCUAUAGCAGCAUAACUAAGACCUGGUCCAAGCCUGAUCCAGCUCUAACUAUAAGCUUUAUCAAAAGGGAAAGUUUGAAGCCUACUCUUAAAAGUAGAGAGGGUGUCUGCCUCCCGGACCCUGACUGGUAGAUGAAUCCAAAGGAGAGGGGCCUGAUAACUGAAGGCUCUACCUCCCAUACUACUUUUAGAGAUAGUGAGAUAUCUGGAGAAUUUGGAGACCAAGUCAACCCCUUGAACUCGUGCUCCUUUAGUCUUUACCUGGACCUGAAUCAGUGACUCUUCAGUUCCCAAACCAACGACCUACAGACUGAGCUGCUCCUGACUUUGUAAUAAUAAACGGCAUGUUAUUUAAUAUUUUCAGACUGUUCUGUAUUUACUAUUCAAUGUGUUUUCCAUGGAAAUAAUUUAGUCUGUGAACUGACUCCUUUACUUCCUCUGUUGUUUGUUUGAUCCUCUUUAUUAUGAGCUGUGAUCAAAGUGUUCUUAAUCUGCACGUAAUGUAACUUUAUCAUGUCUACACUGCUAAAUACUCAAAACAAGACUUAGGACUGACUGUCUGUUUUUGUACUUAGAGUGUAAAGCUACACUCCAUCUGUAUGUUUCCACUCUUUGGAUACUCCUUCCAUAUCAUGCUGUACACCUUUCUAACAGAAACACUGACACUGUCUCUUUAAAACAUGUAAUCUAAUAUCUAGGGUUCAGUGUUUGUCGACCUGAAGCAUGCAAGGCUUGAAACCUGACUCUCUUUCUUUUUGCCAAAUAUGUAAAUGUUAAAAUGUGACCGUCAUAUCGUCAUCUGAAGAAUAAACUUGUGUUUAUAUCACGUUUAUUUAAAAA